AUGUGUAAUCCUAUUACUUCAGUUAUUACAAGAUUACAAUUGGAAGCGACAAAAUAUGUAGAAUCUCAGGUUUCUGCAAAACCUACUGAAUAUAACUUACACAAAUCUACUCAUCCCAAUGAACAUAAGCCACAACUGAUUGAUUGGUCGAAAAAGUGUCCAGGUCUUAUAUCAGAUUUUUCUUCACAAGGAGAUCAAAUCAAUUUUCCAGUAGUUCCUUCAUGCUCUCAAGAAAGUAUUGUUGUAAAUGAUUUAAUUUCUUGUAUGCAGGGAGUGUCUGGCAGAUAUGUUAUGGCAAAUCCUCUAAAAAAAGAUGAGCCUAGAACAUUUGUCGUUCACGAAAGUUUAGAUUUGUGUUGGAAACAAUUUGCAAAUAAUAUUUUACCAGUAGCUAUUUAUUAUUCAACUUUAACAAGAUUUGUUGAGGAACAAUUUCAUUUUAAAUAUGGAAAAGUAAAUCAUGCUUUAGCCGCAUGUUUACUUAAAAUCAAAAACGAUUAUUUGGGAAUGGUUGCAAAGCUUGAAGACCAGAAUCGUUUAGGAGGUCUUAACUUGCAUCGCUUCUACUGUCAAGUUCAACCUUAUUUAUUUUCUUUUGAAACAAUCAAAAACAUUUGUGAAGCAAUAAACAAAAGAGGCGCUAAAGGUGGUAAAACUCUUAGUUUACUACAUGAGUUUGCGACUAAUUGCACUGGAAAAGAAGAAAAAUUAUGUCAAAUCUUGUUGGAAGCCUCUGCAAUACCCUACAUGAAUCAAUUACAAAAUUGGCUGUACCAUGGAAUAAUCAUAGAUCCCUAUAAUGAAUUUUUAGUAAAUGAUAAUCAAGUAGUUUUCGAUAAAGAACAACUUCCAGAAGAAUACUCAGAUGAUUAUUGGGGAAAAUGUUAUACAAUAAAUAAAGAAAAAAUACCAAUUUUUUUAGAAAAACUAGCUCCUAUGAUAUUGUCAACUGGAAAGUAUUUGAAUGUUUUACGACAGUGCGGUCUUAAUGCCAAAUCUUCUGCUGAAGACAUUGUUUACCUGUAUAAUGAAAACAAAUGUGCAGAAGCAAUUCAAAAAGCUUAUGUAUUAGCAAGCAGCAGCUUAUUAGAUCAUUUGAUGCAAGUGAAUGAUUUGAUUGGUCAUUUAAAAUCUGUUAAACACUAUUUACUGUUUGAUCAGGGAGAUUUUUUUAUGAAAUUCAUGGAUAUGAGUGAAAAUGAGCUAAAUAAAGAAAUAGGAGACAUAUUACCUUCCAGAUUACAAACUUUGGUAGAACUAGCAUUAAGAACUUCUUCUGCAAGUGCUGACCCAUAUAAGGACAAUAUAAAAACUGAAUUACACCAGGAUGAUAUUAUGACAUUAUUACUCAAGAUAAUUUCAAAUUCGAAAGGAAUAUUAAAACCGAAUAAGACUACAAGAGGUUGGGAAUCGCUGACAUUCAUAUACGAAGUUAAAUGGCCUGUUUCAUUAAUACUGAACAAAAGUUCUAUAAUGAUUUAUCAGCUUAUAUUCAGAUAUCUGUUUUUUUGUAAAUACGUCGAACGUUUACUGUGCAAAGUGUGGAUUGAUAAUAAAGCUGCGAAAAAACUAUCGAGAAAAGUUUCGAAUGAAUAUAAAUCAGCCUGGGAUUUAAGGCAAAGAAUGUUGCUAUAUGUUCAUAAUCUUGACGUCCUAAAAUCAAAACGGAGCAAACUCAUCGAAAUCAUCAAAAUUUAA